UAAGAAUUUUGGAUAUAACCCUAACACCACAGAACUUGGAAAAAGCAAUAAAUGACACACCCAUGCACUGCCCCAGGCCCAGACUCGUGGAACUCCAUGUUCAUCAAGAACUGCAAGAAGCCCCUUUCACAUGCCUUAAGUAUUCAGUGGAGAGGGAAUAUAGACACUGGUCAUCCCACAGUCACUAAAAACAUCAGAUAUAACCCCAUUCAAGAUUAAUAAGGCAACAGUAUGAGUAAUUUUGUACCUAUAGUCACUUAGGAUAUACGACGAUAUUUUCAAAAAACUGGCAGCAAAAAGACUGGAGAUCCUGUAAGUACAUCCAAAGAAACUAAGAAGAGGAAUGUGAUUGUUGACUCUGAUGAGGAUGACCCACUUCCUCCAGUCAGCAAGAGAAAGCAAAUUGUAGACUCAGAUUCAGAUGAUGAUUUAUUCAAAGCUACAGACAAGAAGCUCAAGAAAGAAGAAAAGAUCAAGCACAAGUCUUUAUUAAAACCAGAAACUCCUAAAUUAAAGCCUGUAGCUGCUGCGGAGUUUUUUGGCAAGACACCAGUUACUAAGAAGGAGCAAGAAAAUGUACCAGUCAAGAGAAAAAAGAAUGAUGACAUCAAGGAAUGUCACAGUGAUGAUGAAUUUGAGAAAACACUCCAACAGCUCGAUCAUCCACAUCUGCCCAAGAAACAGAAGCGUGAAAACAAAAUGUUUUCACCUAAGGAAGAAAAACCUAAAUCAGAAGAAGACAAUCAGAGGCCUCGACAGCAAGGACUGUCCACUAAAUUAUCUGAAAAAUUUAAGCAGUUUGAGUGCAAACAAGAAACUUUUAAAGAGAAAACCCCUAAGAAGAAUCAUAAUAAAAAAGAAUACAAAGAAAGAUUGCAGAAUUUUGAAAGUACAACACAAACUUCUUCUGAAAAAGACAUGAAAUUAAAAAUAAAACACAGUGAGAGUUCAAUGAAGGAUGAAGAAUCAGCAACUAAAAGAGAAAAAACAAGUAAGCAUGAUACAGCCAAAAGAGAAAGGAUUGGUGAAGAAAAGACAAUUAAAAAGGGAGAAAAUAUAAUUAAAGAAAAUUUAUCACCCAUUAGAGAAAGAAAAAUAUCUCCCAAGAAAGACAGGAAUGAUUCAUGUGUUGAGAAAAAAGAGGAAGGAAAGAAAGUAACACCAGCAAAAUCAGAGAAUACUAAAGUGGCUGGAGAAACUGGCACCACUCCACAAGAUGACAAGAAAAAACAAGCCAGGGUGGCUUACCUGAAGUUUCUCCAGAGAUCUGGGCCAGCCAACCCAGGAAGUAAACCUAUCCCAGAGGGUCAACCAGGGUGUUUACAAGGCUUGGUGUUUGUGCUUAGUGGAGUGCUUGACAGUCUGGAUCGAGAAGAAGCUGGUGAAUUGGUGAAGAAGUAUGGAGGCAAAGUUACCACCUCACUCAGUCGCAAUACAUCCUACUUGGUGCUCGGUGCAGAACCUGGGCAGAGUAAACUUAGCAAAGCUGAGCAGUUAGGCACAAAGCAGUUGGAUGAAGAUGGCCUUUUGGAAUUAAUACGUACUUUACCUGGCAAGGGACCCAGGCAAGAUUCUACUAGGGAAGGUAAAACUUCAAGCAAGUUGAAGGGUUUUGCCAGGGGUUCAGAGGAGGAAUCACCAGGAGAAUCAGCACUGCAUAGUCAUUCUUGUAAGACUUCUCUCAGUUCAGAUUCUUCAGCCCUCUCCAAUGGCAUUACCAAAACACCAAGUCCAAAAAAAUCUUUCUUAUUGUUGGAAAGUUCAUAUACUUCUCAGGAAACUGGAAGUCCAUCUUCCACCAGUUCAUCUCCUAAGACACAGCUCCUUUCAUCUCAAGAACUUUCCAAGCGACCAAGUGAAGGGCUCAUGUGGGUGGACAAGUAUAAACCAUCAUCAAUAAAGAACAUAAUAGGACAGCAAGGAGAUCGCUCUAAUGUGAAAAAAUUGUAUACUUGGUUACAAAACUGGCAAAAGAAUCAACUAAGUGAUAAAAAACUAACCAGGCCCAGUCCAUGGGCAAAAGAUGACAAUGGAGCAUUCUAUAAGGCUGCAUUACUAUCUGGGCCUCCUGGUGUUGGAAAAACAACAGCUGCUCACUUAGUGUGUAAAGAGCUGGGCUUUGAUGUUGUGGAACUGAAUGCAUCAGAUGCACGUUCUAAGAAAACUUUAGAUACUCUUGUGUCAGAACUGCUUUCUAACAAGAGCCUUGCAGGAUAUAUGUCAGGUGCAGGUGACACAAGUCUCACUUCCAAACAUGCUCUUGUCAUGGACGAAGUGGAUGGAAUGUCUGGUAAUGAAGACAGAGGAGGAGUACAAGAACUAAUUGCUCUGAUGAAGAAAUCAAAAGUACCCAUCAUUGCAAUGUGUAAUGACCGAAAUCAUCCAAAAAUAAGAUCAUUAGCAAAUUAUUGCUUUGAUCUAAGGUUUUAUAAGCCAAGGAUUGAGCAAAUUCGGGGGCCAAUGAUGUCUAUCUGUUUCCGUGAAGGUGUCAAGAUCAAACCUGAUGCUCUGGAUCAAAUCAUCAUUGGAGCUAAUCAAGAUAUUCGACAGAUUCUGCACCACUUAUCCAUGUGGUCUGUUAAUGCACAAACUUUGCAAGUUGAUGAUAUGAAGAAUGAAGCGCAAAAAGCUAAAAAAGAUUUAAAAAUGGGUCCUUGGGAUGUGUGCAAAGCAGUGUUUACAGAGUCUGAACAGAAGAAUAUGAGUAUUCAUGAUAAAUCUGCCUUGUUCUUCCAUGACUAUUCUAUUGCACCACUAUUUGUUCAAGAAAAUUAUCCUAAAGUAUCUCCUCAUAUUGCAAAAGGUAAUCGCCGAAUCACUUUGGAGCAACUUGCCAAAACAGCUUGUAGUCUGGCAGAUGGAGACUUAAUUGAGAAAGCUAUUAGGUCUGUCAAUGCAUGGUCACUCCUUCCUACACAGGCCAUGUUCAGCAGUGUGCUUCCUGGUGAAUAUAUGUCUGGACAUCUUGCAGCACAGAUAGAAUUUCCACACUGGCUUGGCAAUAAUAGCCGUCGUAACAAAUUUGACCGUUUAAUGCAAGACCUCCAAAUGCACAUGAGACUCAAAAUUUCUGGAAGUAAGCUGGAUGUUGGAAUGGACUAUUGCGGGUCACUGCGAAAUGCAAUAACAAAUCCUCUGGUUGAGAAUGGAGCAGACGGUGUUCCUGAUGCUGUACAAGGGAUGACAUCAUAUGACCUCUUACGUGAAGAUCUGGAAGCUAUUCUGGAGUUAUCUCAGUGGCCAGGCAUGAAGGAUGUUAUGAGCAAAGUUGAAAGCAAGGUGAAAGCAGCCUUUACUCGCACCUACAACAAAGUGAGUCACCUGACUCCGUUUGCUACUCCAACCAUCAGUAAGAAGAAAAAAGGAAGUAAAACAGGAGUGGAGGAAAUAUACGGAUUAGAAGAGGAAGAGGAGGAAGAUGAGAGUGUUGAGGAGGAUAUUUCAGCAAGUGGCAUGAUUAAGGCAAACAAAGGAAAGGUCAAGUGUGGACAAGCUGGCAGUAGCAAAGGACGAGGCUGUAGUGAUGACAGCAGUAGUAGGGGAAGAGGAAAAGGCAGAGGAAGAGGGAAGGGCAAUAAAUGACAAUAAAUGCAUUGCUGGUAACAAAUCUUGUAAGAUUGUAAGGAAUUUUGGAAUAUCCUUAUCCGAUGGUGGAAAAGUAUCUUGGCAUCACCCUUUACCCAACUA